AUGGCGCUGCGGCCCGGGCCCGGCGCGGCGGGUGCCGGCGGGGCGGCCAGCGGCGCGGCAGCGGCUGCGGGGGCGGCCAGCUUCAUGUUUCCUGUCGGCGGUGGCUUAGGUCCUCCUCAAGGGAUGAUCCCCAUGCAGCAGCAAGGCUUCCCCAUGGUUCCUGUCGUGCAGUCCAACAUGCCAGGCAUGAUGGGAAUGAAUUAUGGCUCUCAGAUGCCCCCUGGACCCAUGGCCAUGCAGGGUGGCAUGGCCCUGGGGCCGAUGCCGGCGGCCGGGAUGCCCUACAUGGGACAGGCUCCCUUCCUGGGAAUGCGCCCAGCAGCCCCCCAGUACAGCCCUGACAUGCAGAAGCAGUUUGCAGAGGAACAACAGAAGAGGUUUGAGCACCAGCAGAAGUUCUUAGAAGAGGAAAGGAAACGGCGCCAGUUUGAAGAGCAGAAGCAAAAGCUGAGGCUCCUGAGCAGUGUGAAGCCCAAGGCAGGUGAGAAGAGCAGGGAUGAUGCCUUGGAAGCCAUCAAAGGCAACCUGGAUGGUUUCUCCAGAGAUGCUAAGAUGCACCCCACGCCGGCAGCGCACCCCAAGAAGCCAGAUCAUUCCACACCAUCCCAUUCUGCUGUAUCUGUUUCCCACUCUGCUUUUCUCGGGGAUGAAGAAUUUAGUGACUUUAUCCAAGGGCCUGUUGACCCCCCCAGAGUGGUGCCUCAACCCUCCUCCCAGCCCUUCCAUUCUGCCACUGAGGCUGGGCAGCUGCUUUCAGAACAGGCUGUGGUCCAGCCUCUCCCUCCAGCCCAGGCUCCAGUGAUACCCACCCUGCAUGGUACAGCUGGGCAGGUUCCUUACUUUCCCACCUCUGCAUCUUCACCCCAUAGCCAUAAACCAGGCUCUGCCUUGGAGGAGAAACUCUUAAAUAAUGGCUCAAAUGAAUCUGAACAAGAGCAAACCAAAGUUAAAGCAUCUGAAGUUGGGCACAAAGCCUCAGCUGCAAGCCAAGCUCAUCCCAGUCUAACCAGCAGUGACUGGGGUGGUGUAGGUGGACAUGAAAGUGGUGCCAGUGCUGCUGAGGUGCACAAGGCUUCAGAACAAAACCUAGCAGUUGAAGAGUGUGGAGUUGGAGUCUUCCCUCCACAGGACCCCAUCCAGCAAAUGAUGCCUGCCUGGCUUUACAACGACAGCCUGGUGCCAGAGCUGUACAAGAAGAUUUUAGAAACCACCUUGACUCCUGCUGGAAUAGACACAGCUAAGCUCUAUCCCAUACUGAUGUCCUCUGGAUUGCCCAGAGAGACCCUUGGGCAGAUCUGGGCUUUAGCCAACCGUACCACCCCUGGGAAGCUGACCAAGGAAGAGCUCUAUGCUGUGCUGGCUAUGAUAGCAGUCACUCAGAGAGGAAUACCUGCAGUGAGUCCUGAUGUGCUGAACCAGUUCCCAGCUGCUCCUGUGCCCACCCUGAGUGGAUUUCCCAUGCCGCUGCCCGCCCCGGUGAGCCAGCAGCCGCUGCUGCCCUCCGCACCGCCCGGCCCCAUGCCCCUGAUGGGAAUGAGCAUCACAGCCCCGGGGGGCACAGCUGCAGCACAGCCUGCAGGAGGCUUCCUGCCACCCUACCCACCUGGCCAGGUAGUGAAAGCAGAAGAGGAUGACUUCCAGGAGUUCCAAGAUGCUUCCAAGUCUGGCUCCCUAGAUGACUCUUUCCCUGACUUCCAAGGGGAUGUGGCUGGCUCCUCCAAAGCAGCCAGCUCGCAGCAGCGGAGCAGUGUCCCUCCUCUGCUCAUGCCACUCCCAGGUACUAAGGCACUCUCCACGCCGGAUAAGUAUGCUGUGUUUAAAGGCAUUGCAGCUGAGAAGCCUUCAGAAAGCACAGCCACUUUUGGAGAUUCUGGGGACAGGUACAGUGCUUUCCGGGAGCUGGAGCAGCCCUCGGAGCCCAAGCCCUUAGGAGAUAACCUCGCCGAGCCCAAGGCUGCGGGAGCCGACGACGGCUUCACCGACUUCAAAACCGCGGACAGCGUCUCGCCGCUAGAGCCCCCUGCGAAAGACAAAGCCUUCCCCGCACCCUUCCCUCCUCUGCCCCUCCAGUCCAAACAGCAAACGCAAGCCAAGUCCUCUCUGAACCUAGCAGACUUGGAUCUCUUCGCCUCUCCUGCAGAAAGCAAGCAGCCCUCCUUCCCCCCUGCCUUUCCCGCCCCGAAGUCGGGCUCCUUGCCCCCGGCCCUGCCAGCUGCCGCUGCCCAGCCGGCGCCCAGCAAGAGCUCAGGCUUGGCUGAUGACUUUGGGGAGUUCAACCUGUUUGGGGAGUUCUCUCACUGCACAUCAGGCAGCGGUCAGGAUGACUUUGCAGACUUCAUGGCUUUCAACAGCAGCAGCGGGUUCUCUGAACAAAGAGCAGACGACAAAUUCGAGGCGCUCAAGCUGGAGCCCGCUCCUGCCCCGCAGCCUGCCCCGGCCGGCGGCGCAGGGCGUGGCGGGCAGGGCUCUGCCGCCGCCGCCACGCCCACCAAGUACGACAUCUUCAAGCAGCUGUCUCUGGAGGGCUCUGGGGCAGGCUUUGAGGAGGCCAAGGACAGCACCCCCCUCUCCUCGCUGAAGAGCGACGAUGACUUUGCUGACUUUCACUCCACCAAGUUCCCUUCCGCCUGCGCCAGCCUGGACAAGUCCUUGGCGGACAAGGUGGCAGCCUUCAAGCAGGCCAAGGAGGACUCCGCUUCGGUCAAGUCCCUGGAUCUGCCUUCCAUCGGCGGCAGCAGCGUGGGCAAGGAGGAUUCCGAAGAUGCCCUCUCUGUGCAGUUUGACAUGAAACUGGCUGAUGUGGGAGGAGAUCUUAAGCAUGUCAUGUCUGAUAGCUCUUUGGAUUUGCCAACUGUUAGUGGCCAGCAUCCGCCAGCAGCAGAUAUAGAUGACUUAAAAUGUGCCCCAUUUGGAAGCUAUAACAGUGGCUCUGCAGUCAGCAGCCUGGCAAGCUAUGACUGGUCCGACAGAGAAGACCUUCAGCAGGGCAAGAAGCUCUCCUCCCUUGUCCAGUCCUCGGGAAGUGGAUCCUCCGCGGCGACUUCUGUCCUUCAGAAGAAGGAGACCUUGUUUGGCAGCUCAGAAAACAUUACCAUGACAACAGUUUCCAAAGUGACAACCUUUGCUAGUGAGGAUGCUUUGCAGGAUGUUUCCUUUGCAGCGUUUGCAAACUUUAAAGACCCUGCCCCGGCAGGUGCCAGCGAGGAUGACUCCGGCGGCUUCGGGGACUUCGCCAGCCCCGCGGCGGCGCAGGAGGCGGCGGCCCACACGAGGCAGGAGGCAGAUUUCCUGCCCUGUGGGCUCUCCUCUGAACUGCAGAGAGAGUCCACAGAUGAUUUUGGAGAAUUCCAGAGUGAAAAGCCAAAAAUCAGCAAGUUUGACUUCUUGGUGGCAACUUCCCAAGGCAAGGUGAAGUCGAGCGAGGAGAUGAUCAGGAGCGAGCUGGCCACCUUUGACCUCUCUGUGCAAGGGUCUCAUAAAAGGAGCUUAAGCCUGGGUGACCGAGAGCUGAGCCGCUCCUCGCCGCUGCCCGCGCUGGAGCAGCCCUUCAGGGACCGUUCCAACACCCUCAGCGAGAAGCCUGCUUUGCCUGUCAUCAGAGACAAGUACAAGGACCUGACUGGGGAGGUGGAGGAAAGUGAGAGGUAUGCCUAUGAAUGGCAAAGAUGCUUGGAGAGUGCCCUGCAGGUCAUAAGGAAAGCCAACGACACCCUGAAUGGGAUAAGCAGCUCCUCGGUGUGCACGGAGGUGAUCCAGUCUGCCCAGGGCAUGGAGUAUCUGCUGGGGGUUGUGGAAGUCUACAGGGUAACCAAGAGAGUUGAGCUGGGCAUCAAAGCCACAGCUGUCUGCAGCGAGAAGCUCCAGCAGCUGCUGAAGGAUAUCGACAAGGUCUGGAACAACCUCAUCAGCUUCAUGUCCUUGGCUGCUCUGACGCCAGAUGAAAACUCCCUGGAUUUCUCCUCUUGCAUGCUGCGUCCGGGGAUUAAAAACGCCCAGGAGCUCGCCUGUGGAGUGUGCCUCCUGAACGUGGACUCCAGAAGCAAAAGUGAAGAGAAACCUGUGGAAGAGCUUCCUAGCAAAGCCUUUAACUCAGAAACAGACAACUUCAAGCUGGCAUAUGGAGGGCACCAGUACCAUGCAAGCUGUGCGAAUUUCUGGAUCAACUGCGUGGAGCCGAAGCCUCCGGGUCUCAUCCUGCCAGACCUGCUCUGAAAGCUGUGGCACUGGAGGUGCAGGAUUGGGUCUGGCAGUGCAGGACACCUGGGGUGAAGGUGUGGGCUGGGGUAAUUGGCCAGGCCUGAGCUGUGGUUAGUGUGUGAGAGGCUGCAGCCACUGCCACAGACAUCUUGCUGGUGAAGAAGGGGCAGUGUGUCAGAACUGAGCAGAGAAGAAUGUUCUGUGGCCAAAGUGCAGCAUUCCAGCCUCUCCCAGCAGCAAGGAGGGUUGCAGUCUGUAACAGGGCAGCCUGCUGACCAAGGGCACACAUCUCUGAGGGAGGGCAGAGCUUCAGGGAAAGCCCAAACGCUGGUUUGCAUAGCAGUGACCACAGAAGUACCUGAAGUGCAUCUGCAGACAGAUCCUUGCUGCCCUGUUCAGUCUGUGGAGCUGCUCCCAGGGUUUGCUGCUGCAGCACUGCAGUGCAGGAGGCACAGCAGCUGCCCAGGCAAACUGCAUUAUUGACUGGGAAGGAAUGAGGCUGCAGAGAGCUGCUGCCUGUGCUUGCACUCUGUGCUGCAGCUCAUGCUGAGUUCCUGGACAGUGCUGGGGGACAGAACUGGGGACAGCUGUGGCCUUGGGGGUUUUCCCAUCCUGUCUGAAUUCCUCAGCACAGGCAGGUGGAUUUUGCUGUAAAUAUGGACAGACUGCUUCCUUGGCCUGGGCCUGAGCUGCAGGAGUGAUUUGUUGUCUCUCACCUGACCUGGGACUCCACUGCUACAGCAUCUCUGCUCCUGUGUGGAUCCAUCCAGACGUUUCCUUUCCUGUACAUGAAUGUGCUUCUCUUGAGGGCUGCAGUUUGUGCAGCCUGCUGCUACCUGCACUCAGCUGUUGCUGUGACUCAGAGCUGGCAGCACCAGGUGGCCCUCAGCUCCUGCUGCAGGGGGUGUGAAUCACCACUGAAAGCUGCUGGCUGGUUUCUGAAGCAGGGUGUCCUGCAUCUGACGUUUUGUGGCUUAUGGCAGCUCCAACCAUCUGGACAGGAGGAGCUGAUCUGUUGUGCUGUCACAAAGUGUCCCUCAUCCAGCCGAAGUCCUGAUCCUCCUCAGACCUGACAUCAGGCAGCAGUC